AUGCGGACAUGGCCUCGGUGGCUGAAAGGCACCCUAAACAGCAAACCUGGGCCCGUUCUCUGCGACGGUUUAUUCAGCGAUGACGAACAGGGUCUCGGGUCGCAGCCCACCGACUCUCUCCUCAACUGGGACCGAGGCUCAGAGAAGACAAAUCGACAACAUCCUGUUCGUCGUUGUUCAUGGAUUGCCACUGGCGCUCAAUACCUCAUCCUUAUUACUGUCUUGCUUGCAAACCUUGUUCUAUUGGUGCUGAUACUCGUCGGACGCCUACGAAUCAAACUUGUUGAUGCCCCGGCACUACCACCAAAAAUGAGCAUCGAUACUGUCCAAAUAUUCCACCCAGAAACGCCCUUCACAAUCUUUUCGAAAGACAGAGGAGCUGCUGCGUGGGCGCAAAUGACGAUGAAUUUCGACAUUGGAACAGUCUACGUCGCCAAUCAUCAAGAGCAUGGACUGUUUGCUUCGGAGUUGAUGAGCUCUAUCCCUGGAUAUGAGAACUAUGCGAUUGCCAUGUAUCAUCAACUGCACUGCUUGGAUACCAUUCGUCAGGAGUUCUACACACUUAAUGUCACCGCUGAGGCCGCGUACGGCCAGCACAUUGGCCAUUGCUUCGAGUAUUUGAGACAGAGCCUGAUUUGCAACGCUGAUCUCACGUUGGAGUAUACGGCUGUUGGCUGGGAAGUUGAGCAUCUCUGUAAAGACCCAAAGGAGGUGAAGGCCUUUAUGGAGAAGUACAAUAAGGGUAACGAAGCGUAUCCAGUUAGCGACUGA